AUGGGGGUAGAUGUUUCUUUAGAAAUAAAAACAAAUGAAGCUAAACAUGACGUGCUUGUUCUUAAAACAUCUAGAUAUAGCACUGAGAAUUACUUUAGUACUGAAUUAAAGCUAGGAAAUAGAAUUUACAAAAAUAAAAUGCAUGAAAAUGAACCAUGCUUGCUAGAUGAUAAAUAUUAUUACACGCAAACUGAAAAUAUAGUUGAUUUCUAUAAAGAAGCUAAAUAUAAAGAAUUAGAAAAUAGAUUCGAUCCUACUACUGAUUUCAAUACUAAAUAUGCUGUGCGUAUGGCUAAAUUACUUAUACAAAUAUAUAUAUUUGAGUAUAUAUCCAGUAAUGAAGAUGUAAAAGCAUACCAUAUAGAAACAUUUAAUAUACUAAAAGAACAUGUUGAAGCAAUAGAAAACCAAAAACAUUUAAAGUUAAAUUCUGCAGACAGGCUCGCUAUAACUGUUUUUAAAGAUAUAUUCUGUCCUAUAAAUGAAGAAUUUUUAGAUAUAGAAGCAGAAAAAAUUGAAAAUAUAGAAAGUGCUAAUAAUUAUGUGAGUAAAUAUGUGUUUAUUCCCUUUCAUAGAGAACUAUCCAUGCCAGAUAUUUUACGUACUUGCUACAAAAAUAAUGAAUUGUCCCUAACUGGCAUGGCUUCUAGUUCUAUGAAUACAUCCAACCCAUCCAUGCAUUUCUCUCCUACUAACCUAGAAUAUCUUUCUGGUUUAGAAAAGCUUACUAUUGGGACAGAAACUAGCAUACUUACUCUACUUUGCUGCUGCUUCUAUAACAGCACAGAUAUGGAGUACACUCUUAAAAGAAUUGAAAGUUCUCCCGUAGAAUUAAAGCAGUUCUUUACUAAGUACAGAGACCUAUUUGACACAGAAGAUUUAAGUGUUCACUAUGACUGGUAUAAGUUAAUUAAUGAUUUGACACAUAAGAAUUCAUCAAAUUCUAGCCUUAAACCCCAGUAUUGUAAUGGAGGCUUGCUAAGCAUGCUUUCUAUUAUUUUAGACAUAACUAAUAUGUUUGAAGUCAUAAAGGAAGAACUAAAUGAGCUUAUUAAAAAAGUAAGAGAAGAAAAAAACUUAAGCUCAAAACUGACGGCGGAUACUAAUAAUUUAGUUAAUAAAAUAUUGGCCUUGCUUUCAUUCAAUAAAGAAAUGAAAGUAUCGGCAGACACAGAUCUUAGAAUAGGCACACUUGAAAACCAUGAAUCUGAUAUAUUUGGGAAAUUGCAUAUAAGCAUCUCCACUACUCCUUCAAUUGUGAGAAAAUUAACUAUCAAUUUUAAUUUUGAUAAAACAACUGCUGAAUAUGUGGGCAUGUCAUAUAACGGCGAUUAUGUGAUAAACAAGUAUAUUGAUUCUAUGUGUAAUAUAGCAAAUAAAAUCGAAUUUCAUCCUACUGGCGCCGAUUUAAAUGAAAUUUUUAGUUUCAUUAUGCACAAAGUGGAUAAAUUAAAUAGUAUGCUAUAUAGAAAGGAACCGCUAUACUCUACUAUAUCUUUUAAUUAUGCUCUACUUAAGCUUAAACAAUUCGAUCUAUAUUAUCUAUUUUCAUGCGGAAGAAUUAUAUAUACAUCCGAUAAAAAGCAGAUAGUAAAAUGUAUCUCGUCAUUUGAUUAUAAUAAUAGUGAUAAAAAUAACUAUUUCAUUGGUAGAAAUGUUAUUAUUAAUAUUGUAGGAAGUAUGAUAAAUUUCAAAACAAGCGCAAUAGAUAAAGUAUUUUGUGCUAUUGCUUCUGAUUGGGGGGUUGAGUGCUUUAAUGAUAAUAUAAUAAUGGAUAAAAAAGUUUAUUCAAAAUUAAAACCUGGUACUAGAUUUGAGAUGCCAAAUUUAGAUUAUGAUGUUGAUUCAGAUAAAGAAGCAGAUAAAGAUUCAGAUAAAGAAGCAAAUAAAGAUUCAGAUAAAGAUUCAGAUAAAGAAGCAAAUAAAGAAGCAGAUAAAGAUUCAGAUAAAGAAGCAGAUAAUUUAUAUGAUGAUUCUGAUGAAGAAGCAGAUGAAGAUUCAGAUAAUUUAUAUGAUGAUUCAUAUGAUGAUUCAGAUAAUUCAUAUGAAGAUUCAGAUAAAGAAACGGAUGAUGAUUCUGAUAAUUCAGAUGAAGAUUAAUAUGAAUAAGGAGGCUGUGUUAUAUACUAAGUACAUAUACGCUUCAUACGUCUGUGUACUAAGCUAUAUAAUAUAUCUAGAGUGACUUAAAAGAAAGAGUUGAUGAUUUCCGGGUAUGCUAUACAGAUAUAACCCGAGCACUCAAUAAGACUUUUUACUUUAUACUAGCCAGCAGUGGUUGCAUCCCAUCCAAUAUGCCAACUAUUAUGGAUAGCAUAACAAUAAAA